AUGGAGAUUUUACCUUCUCAAGGAUCUGUAGGAAACAAUGGAGGCCUAAUCACAAUUUGGGACAAUACCACGCUGGAGUUGUUGGAUAAGAGAACGGGAUUGAAUUCUAUUACAUGUCUAUUUCAUUUUCGCAUCAAUGGUUUUAAGUUCUUAUUAACUAAUGCGUAUUCACCUUGUGAUCAUGACAGAAGAGAAAUUUUUUGGUCUGACUUGGCAGACGUGAGAGCAUGGUCUUCUGAAUCCUGGUGUUUUGUUGGUGAUGUGAAUGCAGUUAGAAGUGACGCGGAAAGAAACACACCAGGAGGAGAUGUAAUAAAUAUGAAGCUUCUUAAUGACUUUGUUUCUGACAACGAAUUACCUUUACAUGGUGGUGCAUACACUUGGAGAAAUAAGCAGAAUGACCCAUUGCUUUGUAGAUUGGACAGAUGCUUGGUGUGUACCGCAUUUGAUGCUAAGUUUAAUAAUGCUACUCAAACAGCAUUUGUUCGCACGAUUUCAGAUCACCAUGCGAUUCUUCUGGAUUUAUCUCCCACAAUCAAGAAUCAUAUCAGGUACGUUCUUUUUAGAAAGUUACAGAACCUAAAAAAAUUUAUCAAGAAUUGGAGUAGGAGCACUUUUGGGAAUGUGAGAAAUGAGGAGGAGGAACUUAAGAAGAAGAUAAGUGUUUUGAAUUUAGCAGAAGAAAGCAUGGUUUUAUCCCCAGCACAGCUUGGAGAAAGAGCAGACUUGCUGAAUUCUUUGCGCAAUGUAAAGUGCACUAGAUCUAGAAUGGCGUUUCAAAGGCGAAGGUCAAAGGCUUCAAAGAUGGAGAUAAAAACACGCAGUCUAUCGAUUCAGUGCAACAGGGAUGGCUGGAAAGGUCUUUUGAAGAGGAGGAGGUUUUUAGGCCCUGAUGGGUAUAACUUGGAGUUUUACAAGGCAUGCUGGGAGGUGUUGAACAAAGAUAUUUUGGCAGCUGUAAAUGAAUUUCAUUGCACAGGGAAGUUAGACUGGAGAUUGAAUGUCUCCUUUAUGAAGAUGAUACCUAAAAAAGAAGAUUCCACCAAGGGAGCGUUCAUUAAAGAUAGGCAAAUACUAGAUGGUAUUUUGGUGGCUAACGAUCUAAUUGAUAGUAGGUUAAGACAAUGUACUCCAGGGGUUAUGUGCAAGAUUAAUAUGCAGGAGGUUUUCGAUAAUAAGGAGCGAGAUCAACUGGGAAGUAAUUAUACAAAGAAUGCAGAACUAAUGGCACCGUGGAAAAGGAGGUACUUGAAUAAAGCUAGUAGAGUUUUUUUGAUUAGAAGCUCUCUUGAGAGUUUGGCGGUGUACUUCAUGUCAUUGCAUCACAUGCCUGCCUCAGUAGAAAAAAGAUUGAACACGAUAAUGCAGAAGUUCUUAUGGGGAGAGGAGGAUGGGAGGAGAAAGAUGAGUUGGGUAUCUUUUAAACGUGUCUGCAAGCCAAAAAAUAAAGGAGGCUUAGGUAUUCGCAGUUUGAGACUGAUAAACAAGUCCUUGUUAGCUAAAUGGCAUAUCAGGUAUUGUAGGGAGAAGACGGCACUUUGGAGGAGAACUGUUUGUGAGAAAUCUAAGGCAGAUGAGGAAUGUUUGCUUCCAUUGCAAGUUAAGGAGACGGUUGGGAGAAGUAUGUGGUUCGAUAUACUUAGGGAGAAUAAGAUUUUUAUUGACUCUGUGAAUGUGCAGGUUAAAGAUGUCUUAUCUUAUUAG